AGGUCGGGUACGGGAGCCCUCAUCCGCUCGCACGACGCCCAUUCCUGCAUCUGGAGCCGAGAAGAAAACACACUUGUUGCUGGAGCUGACCCUCUCGCGCACACGGUGUUCCGAUUAGGGAUUCUGGUCAUCUGGACAAUGGCAGAUGUACCUGAUUACGUCAUACGUCCCAUGAAACGGGAAGAAAUUCCAGCAGUUUUGGACCUUUGGCGGGAGACUUGUCUUUCUGAAGGAACCUAUUCUUUGGACACCUGGUUCGAGUAUGAUCCAGAAGGGUUCUACGUCGCUGCAACAGAAGAUGGUGUGGUGCUCGGAUCGUGUGCCGGCAUACUUCAAAACGAUAAAUUAGCAUUUGUUGGUUUGUAUGCUGUUAGGUCAACAUACCAAAGGCGAGGCAUCGGUAUGAAGAUUUGGAAUGCAGUCAUGGAAAGAAUUGGUGAUCGAAAUGUGGGCGUUAAUCCUGUUCCCGAUCAGCUGUCCAACUACAGAGAUAAAGCCGGUUUUCCUGUUCAAACCAGCUGGUGCUCUGUCGUUUGCAAAAUUCCAGAAAUUCAACCAGAAAAUUUAUUAUUUGAAAUAUCCGGCGUCGAAGUUCAAAUCCUACACUCAAAUGACCAACAAACAAUCGAUUUAGUGACUGACUACGAAGCAGACAUUUUUGGUUUCUCGAGAGGACGCUUAACGCAAUUGCUUUCUGCGCAAAAAGAAUCCUUGACAAUGGUAGCUCUUAAGGAUUCUGGUACUGAAGUAUGUGGUUUUGGAAACGUAAAAAAAAAUAUUAAGGGAAAUGCUCUCGUAGGUCCUCUGUAUGCAGAUGAUGCUGAAGUGGCUGAACUGAUUUUGCAUCAUCUUAUAAAGGAGUUCCCUACAGCGAAGGACAAAGGUGUCACACUAAUGACUGUUGACUCAAACCAGUCAGCGUUAGAGCUGGUGGACAGUUUAGGCUUUGAGAAAGAACAUGGUAUUGCUAGAUUGUACCGAAAGGAUGAAGUAGAAGUUAAGUUUGAAAAGAUAUUUGGACAACAUAACUUGAAUUUUGCAAUUUUUUGAUUUGCCUAUAUUCUGACAAUUGCAUAGAAAGACUUCCAAAUUCAAACGCAUGAAUGCCAAGGUUUAGAAAGUAUGCAAUGUACCAGAAUAAAGUAAACGAAGCUUCGUCCAUUCGGCAACUUGUUUAUAUGUAAAGCUUUGAAAAUGAAAUAUUUAGUGAUAUGUUGUCGUCAAUUUUUGAGCUUUAUUUCAGCUUCACUGCCCUAGCCAGAAGCUCUCCAAGGUGCUGCUGUUGUUAAAAAGAUUCGGUUUCUAGAGACAUCUACAUUAAAAGUCACUUUCAGAGCUUGCUGGAUCAUUUGGUGUUUUUGUCACUCAAAAAAUGGAAACUUAACUAAACUGUACAAUUUUCAUAAAACCGGAGAUGGUCAAUCGACGUUAAAUAAAGAAAAAUUGAUUCA